CGCGGCGGUAGCGGAUCCCGGGACGGAGGGGCCAUGCAGUGCUGCGGAUGGCAGCUCGGCUGCCGCUACUGCUGCUGCUGCGGCAGCGCCGGGCAAGAGCAACCUAUGGGUGCUGCCCAAGCGGCCUCCGCUGCAGACGGUUGCGGUGCCGGCCUCCAAGACCGAGGAGGGUGCAGCCGCGGCAGGGACGGCAGCCGCAGCGCCAGCUGCUCCUUCAGCAGGAGGGCCGUCGGCCCCGACGACGCAAAUCCUGCAGUCGCCCUCCCUGGCGCACCUGGUCCGCCGGCCAGACAGCCGCGCGUCCAAUGCGUCCCACGGGUCGCUCGCCAGCUCGUCCGCCGCGGACGGCAGCUGCGAGGGCGGUGACGUCGGCGCGGCGGCCACCAUUGACCUGGCGCCCCCGCGAGCGGCUGCGGAGCAUGUGCCCACAGUCGCCGCCGCCGCCGUGGCAGCGGACGGCGACACAUCCUCAACAUCCGCCACCUCAGCAUUCGCCUCGCACUCGGCCCCCCUGCUACCGCCGGUCUCCACGACCGCCUUCGCCAACGGCAGCAACCCCGCCGCCAGCGGGGCUCCGCCGCCGCUGCCGGUUCAGGGCAAGAGCAGCAGCAUGGUCCCCAUCCACGUCCACGGCCGGCGGAGCCCCCUGGCGGGCAGCAGCCAGCACAACCUGGCUGCGGCGCUGCUGGGAGGCGCCUCGGCAGCCGGCCCGGCGGGCGCCGCGGGAGGCCCGAGUGUGGUGCUGCCGGUGCAGCUGCCGGCAGGGCCCUUGGGCCUGGGGCUGGGGUUGGGCAAGGGUUUGGGUUUCGGUGCGGGUUGCAGCUCCAGCGACCAGCAGCUGGAGGCGGCGCUGCGGGACUUUGUGCGCAUCAAGACGGUGAGUGUGUUCCCCCGCCACCGCGACGACUGCCACAAGGGCGCCAAGUUCCUGGCCAAGAUGCUGGAGGGGCUGGGGGCGGAGGUGAAGGUGGUGCAGGCCACUACGACGUGCAGCCCGCUGCCGAGCCCGACUGGGCCACCAACCCCUUCGAGCUCAACUCCAUCAACGAGUACCUGUACGGCAGGGGCACCUCGGACAACAAGGGCCCCAUCCUCGCCUUCAUCUUCGCGGUCCGGGAGCUGCUCAACGCGGGCUGCUCCGAGGGCACUGCAGCGGCAGGAGGGGCAGCAGGUGGAGGCGGGGGCAUGGGUCGGCUGGGUCGGCUGCCGGUCAACGUGGCGUUCGUGUUCGAGGGGGAGGAGGAGAACGGCUCGAGGGGCUUCGCGCAGGCGGUCACGCAGAACCUCAGGUGGUUCGAGGGCACGCAGCUGAUCAUCAUCUCCAACACGCUGUGGGUGGGCGAGAACGCGCCCUGCCUCACCUACGGCAUGCGGGGGAUGCUGAGCCUCAGCGUGCAGAUCACGGGGCCGGAGCGGGACCUGCACAGCGGCAACGAUGGCGGUGUGUUUUCCGAGCCCAUGGUGGACUUGCUGCGGGUGAUGGCCACCCUGGUGGGGCCGGGGGGCAGGGUGCAGGUCCCCGGCUUCUACGACGCUGUGGAGCCGGGUCUGAUAGAGCUGGCGUGGACCUCCCUGGAGGACAGCGAGGAGUUCUCGCUGGAGGGGUACAAGGCUGCUCUGGGUGUGCCCGCGCUCACCGCGCCGCCCAACAAGCGCGACCUGCUGGUCACCCGCUGGUGCCGCCCCAGCCUGUCGGUGGUGGACAUGCGGCCGGGGCAGCAGCAGCCGGCGGGGGGGCAGCAGCAGCAGCAGGCGGAGCCGGCCAGCACCUGCUACAGGUUCGGCCCCACCCGCUUCAGUGUGAUCCCCAAGGCCGCGCAGGGCAAGGUGUCGGUGCGCUUCGUGCCCAACCAGGACGCGGACCAGCUGGUGGACUGCCUCAGGCGGCACCUGCAGCGCUCCUUCUCCGCGCUGGGCAGCAGCAACACCAUCGACCUGCACGUGGAGGCGCGCGGCAACUGGUGGGAGGCGCGCCCCGGCUCGCCCUGGCUGGCCAUGGCGGAGGCGGCCAUCGCCAAGGAGUGGGGCGUGCAUCCGCUGUAUGUGCGGGAGGGCGGCACCAUGCCGGUUGCCUCCUACCUGGAGCGGCUGCUGGGUGCGCCCGCCAUCAUGAUCCCCAUGGGGCAGUCCUCCGACAACUGCCACCUCGCCAACGAGCGCAUCCGCCGCACCAACCUGUUCAAGGGCAAGAACGUCAUCCGGAGGCUGCUGGAGGAGGUCGGGGCCAUGGCGGCGGG